AUAACCAAAAUGAGAAUUACUGUGACUGUGAUGAAACUAUAUUUUCUGGUGAUUGUGAAAUGCUGUUUCUUUAUCCUUUAUGGGAAGUGAAAAUUUUACCAGCGAGAUAUCAAAAGCUUAUACAUGUAUAUGAUGAAGAAGAUGAUGAUUUGAUUGAUAGAUAUAAUAUAAAAGCAUUUAUUUCAAUUAGUUUAAAGCAUUGGGCUAUAGAAAACAUUGAUACUCACGGAAUAUCUCAAUUUGCCAAAGCUAUUAAAAAUGCAACUUUGAAUCUUUGUGAUGUUAUAGAAUUUUUAAAGGAUGAAAGAACACAAAGAGAAAUAACAAAAAUGAAAACAGCAUUUA